UCACCAUACCCCCCCCCCCCCCCUUCCCUCCUCAGCUCUCGUUGGUCCACAAUGGUACAGCCAGCAUCAGCAAACCUCGGUUCCGUCCAUCACUGCUUCUUUUCUUUCCUCAUCGUCUUGUUUUGAGUAUUUUUUUCUCCUCACCUCUUCGCCAUCUUUAUGCACGUUUAAAGUCAGCUUUUAGCUAUGGUCACCGCAAUGUUUCUAAUCGGGAUGUUUUGAAAAAGGACUGUCACCGGACUGGGAUCGUCAUCAGCUGGCACGGAAUGGUAUUUAUGAGCAGACAUUUCUUAUAUAACUGCAGCCAACCAAUCCUGGAUGUAAAGAUAGCGUUUUGUCAGGGUUUUGGAAAACAAGUGGAUGUGUCAUAUAUCGCCAAACAUUACAACAUGAGCAAAAGCAAAGUGGACAACCAGUUCUACAGUGUGGAAGUGGGAGACUCCACCUUCACAGUUUUAAAACGUUACCAGAAUUUAAAGGCCAUCGGCUCUGGAGCUCAGGGAAUUGUCUGUGCGGGCUAUGAUGCUGUCCUGGACAGAAAUGUAGCCAUCAAGAAGCUGAGCAGACCCUUCCAGAACCAGACCCAUGCCAAGAGGGCAUACCGGGAGUUGGUGCUCAUGAAAUGUGUCAAUCACAAAAAUAUCAUUAGUUUAUUAAAUGUCUUCACACCACAGAAAUCAUUAGAGGAAUUCCAGGAUGUGUACCUAGUGAUGGAGCUGAUGGAUGCCAACUUGUGCCAGGUGAUUCAGAUGGAACUUGACCAUGAGAGAAUGUCCUACCUGCUCUACCAGAUGCUGUGUGGUAUCAAACAUCUGCACUCAGCCGGCAUUAUUCACAGGGAUCUCAAACCAAGCAAUAUAGUGGUGAAGUCAGACUGCACCCUGAAAAUCCUGGACUUUGGUCUGGCCAGGACUGCCGGCACCAGCUUCAUGAUGACCCCUUAUGUGGUGACUAGAUACUACAGAGCCCCAGAGGUUAUCCUGGGCAUGGGAUACAAAGAGAACGUGGAUAUAUGGUCGGUGGGGUGCAUUAUGGGAGAAAUGGUGCGCCACAAAAUCCUCUUCCCUGGGCGGGACUACAUCGACCAGUGGAACAAGGUAAUCGAGCAGCUGGGCACACCCUCCCCAGAUUUCAUGAAGAAGCUUCAGCCCACGGUGAGGAACUACGUAGAGAACCGGCCAAAGUACACAGGUCUCACUUUUCCCAAGCUCUUCCCUGACUGCCUUUUCCCUGCUGACUCUGAGCACAACAAACUCAAAGCUAGCCAGGCCAGAGACCUGCUGUCAAAGAUGCUGAUCAUCGACCCUGCUAAACGGAUAUCGGUGGACGAAGCCUUACAGCACCCCUACAUCAACGUGUGGUAUGAUCCGACUGAGGUGGAGGCGGCCAGGGAUCUCAUCCAAAUAUCCAUGCCUCCACCUCAGAUCUACGACAAGCAGCUGGAUGAAAGAGAACACUCCAUUGACGAAUGGAAAGAACUAAUUUACAAAGAGGUGAUGAACUUUGAGGAGAGAACGAAGAAUGGCGUUGUGAAGGGACAGCCUUCACCUUCAGGUACUCUCAGUGCAUAACCCUAAUCGCUCUCACAGGUGCAGCCGUGAACAGCAGCGAGAGCCUCCCUCCCUCCCCCUCCAUAAACGACAUCUCCUCCAUGUCCACCGACCAGACCCUGGCCUCAGACACUGACAGCAGCCUGGAGACCUCUGCAGGACCCCUGGGGUGUUGCAGGUGACUAGCCGCCUGCCUGCGAAACCCCAUGUUCUUCCGAAGGUGAAGAACCCAGCCGCAAAUGACCGACUAAAAAAACACAACAACAAAAAAAAGAUCAAAAUGAUUAUAUUAAGAACAAAAACCUGAGUUAUGGAAUCACUGAAUCUGAAAUGAUCAAAUCUAAAGCCUGUGCAUUGUCAUUCAAAAACAGCAGUGGUAUUUAAACUGAAGUAAAUGAGCUGAGAUAUAUGUUAAUGAUCCUCUAGUUGCUUUGCUUAUAUUACCCCACAUAUCAUGUAUAUGGCAUCCAAACAAAACAACCAAAUGCUUUGACUUGCAUCCCCUGUAAAGUGCAUAUUGGUGGGCUGCAGGUCUCACGAUUCCUUUCAAAAGCAUCUAUGCUCCAAUCAUUGUGGCAAGGUGGGCUGCCAUUUUGCUCAUCACUACUGUACAAUACAUUCUCCUUUUCCCUUUUCCCUUAUCCAAUCCUUCUGUAAUGGCACUGCUGUAUUUUAACCUCUUAGACGUCCUCAAUUCCCACCUAACACAAUCCCCAUUGUAAGGUUGCCUGAUGCGUGUGUUUUUUUGUGGUUAUUCUGCAGGGAUAUGUAGUCGCUCUCACCCAGAGAGCGGCACUCCCGGCGCUACUUGUAAAUAAUGUAAUUCUGUACAGCUGAAGGGCACACAGAGUGGGACUGACGGCCAGUACACUGGGAGUUUAUUUCUUGACUAGCGCACCUUGCCACAUCACUGCUUUCCACCUCAGUUGCUCCUACCUAUUGCUGUAGUCCUGCAUGGUUAAAUUUAAAACAAUGCUAAUCUCACUGUAUGCUAAAAUGAGUCUGAAUAAAGACUUUUGUUUAUAUACGAUGUAAACUAACUCAACUCCAGACAAGGGGGGGGUCUGGUCACAGGAUAGGACGAGUGAGUGUGAGUUUGUGUGUGUGUGUGUGUGUGUGUGUGUGUGCGUGCGUGCGUGCGUGCGUGCGUGUUGUUUUGUUUGUUACCAAGCCAUUAAGACAUUAGUAAAUGUCAGGGCUGAGUUUGGGACUUAAAGCGUCAGUACACUCUUAAAUAAAUUAUUUUGAUUGUUUUCAGACUUAAAUGACCUUUAAGGGGUUCAAAAAGUCUGAUUUGUGUGUAAUGUCCCUUUUAUUUCUCCUGGCAGUGUAUGAUCGGUCCCUCCACCACCCCACGGACUGGCCCACAGCCCUGCAUGUCUUUGUGUACCAUUAGCCCCUCAUAGGUACAGGAGGUUGGUCUGGGGUGUUGCCACCAGGAGAUGACACUUAUUUAUUUGACUGUCUGAAACGUAGAAGGCUUUUAGGAAGAGAUACAAAUGAUACAGGAGGUAGAUUGAAGGCGGGCGAUGAGUGUUAACCUUGUAGCAAUGCAUCUUUUUGUUCUAAUGUAAACUCAUUUUACCACAAAAAAACAAAAAAAGGAUCUGGAUAGAGGCUACCCAACAGUUACGUUAACUACAUUAUUUCUUAGGUGGAAGAUUUAUUUAUUGAUUUAUUUAUUUUAAUAGAUGGAACCUGAAUAUGGCAAGUGCCUUUUGGAAUGAAGCAUUGCAGGUGCAGAAAUUAUAUAUAUUUUUGGGGUUAUUUUUUUCUCUGCUUCUUCUUUUUCUGCCUUAAAAAUGUCCGAAUCCCCAAGCCACCAAUGUUGGUGGAAACAUUUAAGGAAGAAAAACACAGUUUGGCGAGAUGUUGGCACUUUCGCCUAAGUUUCUAAAGGGACAUUUUGUGGUGUGAAAUCAAAUUGCUCUUAUCAGAUCGUAUGACUUAAAACGCACGUGUGCUCAUACUAGUUUUUGCACAACAUGAAAGGUUUUCUACCAUUUUUAAUUAAAUCGAUUUUACCAUUUAUUUAAUUUCUCCUUCUAACUGAAUCUCCAUAAAAUAGUGUGACCAGAGUUUCUCAAACUGGGACUGUGACACAUCGUCCAGUUACAGCCCACUACUGUAGGUCACAUCCAAUCGAUUAUAUUGCGCCCAGAUACGAGGCAAUCUGACGUCUAUCUUAUUCAAAACACGGUUUAUUUUCACUGCUUACAACAACAUUUUAGCUACAUUAGUUAAUUGCAACUAAUGUGUUACUGCAGCUUUCUUCUUGUGCUUUAUAUAAAAUACAAUCCAACUAGAAGCAGGUGAUCUACAGUAUAACAUGUUUAUUAGUUUGUGUAUGUGUUAUUUAUACUUAGUUAUAUAACUCAUGUUACCUUGGUUUCCACUGCCAUAUUCCAUGUUCUCAUGCAGGUUGUGUAGGUUUAUGGGCAAGGGACCAGUAAAAGAAGCUGGGUUGAGAAAUCAAAUUUUACCAGCAAAGAAAUAACUUAAAUGAACAUUUUUUGCCGUUAGAUGGAAAGACAUUCUGGUUUUUGUGUGAGAAACAGAUUACUAUCUGCUUUAUGCAUAACAAUUGGAUUCCCCGUCAUCACAUGACAAUCAGGUAACUGACAACAUACAAAGAUAAUGUUUCUAGAAACUCAAGGAUGCUAAUUGCUCCAUGAUGAACCAAACAUAGACAUCUGUGUUUGUUUCUUGCACGACAAAACAAACAUUUUUUUAUUAUAUUUCCUACUUGUGGAAAUUGCAUGACUCGUAUGUCCACUAGUUUAGACUAAAAGUUCAAUCCCAGUCGUGACGUUGUUACAUCAUUGAGCAGUAACGACAGCAGUGUUCAGGUGGACACUUCACAUCUAACUGUAAUCUCUGGUUUAGCUGCUACAGCGCAGUUUCCUGUCUGCAUGGAGUCUACCUAAAGCACCCUGUCCAUGUACAAAAUCCCUCCCCGAAA